AUGCUGAAGUUCAAUCGUUUGUCGCGGAUCUCCCCUGAGGUCGAUGUGAUUGUCGAUGCGCUGAAGCAUUCGAAAAUUAUGGAAUUGUUCGAAGAUGGCAGUAAAAUACGACGCAGCCCCGAAAAGCCAUUACCAGAGAAUUCGCUCGAGUACUGGCAAGUUGUGAAGCUGCGCACAGCGUACAUUGUAUGCUCUAGCAUUCGCUUAUUUGUUUCGCAAAUUUGA